AUGGUGUUUGCACAGGAUCGACCGAUACCGGCACCUCGUACCAGUCUUAUUGAACGAAAACCACCAGUGCCGAAACGGGUCCUGAGACCUGUGGUUGCACCAAGGCGACGAGAUCGUGGUGGAAACGCUCAGAAAGAAUUUCCGGCUAACGUUUCAGAUAACCAUCAUGUCAAACCUCAGUCGAUAUCACAGAACCACUUGAUUAGAAACCCUUUGCGCCGCACCAAAUCUGCACCUGAAACUACCGGAGAUGUCCGAAAGAUGGCACCAACGAAGAUACAUCGACUGCAUUCGUUUCAUUUUUCCCCCGUUAUCGUAGAGGGACAUCAGUUCCGGGGCGAUUUCACCGAUAAAACAAACGCGGAGCAGGAUGGUACCAGUGGAAGGGGCAGUAAACGUCAAGAAGCAAUUCUGGAAUGUACAGCUGGAAGACAAGGAAGCAGCGAUGAAUGUAACGGGGAACAUUCAGGAUUUAGCUCUUCCAGAUUUUUAAAAGAAAUUCCGGGAAGUCCGAAACAAGGAUUUGGUGUUAGUACUGAAUGCGCCAAAAAAAAUUUUGAAAACCUGGGCAAUUCAGAGCGCAUCAUCUCUGGAAUUACUGAACAGGACCAGUAUAGUAGUAUUAUUAAAAGCGGAAAAAAAUAUCCGAAUGAAAUUUCGGGAAGCGUGGAACGAGGACGAGUUGCACGAAUAGCCGAAAUGUUGGAUUCAGCGAUGCAUCUUCAUGAAAAUGCGGCAAAUCCCUCCCCAGUUACCAGUAUUAAUGCUGCGAAUGAGCCAACAGCGACAGCCCCGUCGAACAGCGUAGCAUCGGGCACCGACUGUGCUGAUCCUCCAGUAGUGACACAGCAGUCCCCUGACGCACCAAAUGACUGUACCGAUCCAGACGACGUAUUCCUGUUAUCCGAUUUCAAUAGUAAUACACAAACUGUUGGGAUUUGGAAUCCCGGAUAUGUUGGUCUUGAGGAAUAUCGAAGAUUGGCUGAACUUUCUGGUGAUACGGCUUCAACAAGCGCCACUUGCACGAAGGGAUUCGAUUUUUGGAACAAAAAUCACUGGAGCAGGAACACCGUGGAUUCGCUUGAAGCAAUUCCAGAAGCUGAUGACGGGCGGGGAAGAACAAAAUCGGAUGGGAGCGUUUCGCCGGAAGAGGUGUAUCUCUCUGGCUGGGCACAAGUGCAUCUUAACAAAAAAGACCGCGGACGACUAUGGGUAAUUGUUGAAAAAGACGCACUGGCUUGCUGGGCCAACGAAGAUGAGGAUGGUAACGCUGAGAUUGGGCCAUAUUUUUUCAAAAAUUUGAUUUACGUCGGUAAAUUCCCAAUGAAUAACACAAUGGAGCUGCAUAUACGUGAAACCGUGGGUUGUAAUCAUUGGACGAGUGUGAAGCUGUCUCUGGAAAGCGCAGUUCUGGAUUAUUGGGUCUUAAGCAUUGCGAAAGUAAGUACUUCCGGUUUUCGUGGCAGUACUGAUCUAAAUUCAUAUCUGAAAUAUAAAUUUAUAUUUGAAGCUAGUAUUUGA